GUUGUUUGGUAGGGUUUUGGCCAAACUGAGCUGUGAACUAAAUUUUAAGUAUAGUAGGGGAAGCAUAACUUCCAUCAAAAUUUGGCUCCCGCGUUCGUAUCCCUACCAUGCUAAUAGUAUGGGAAGGAUACGAGCGCGGGAUGAUGGAGGUUAUGCUUCCCCAGUAUUAUUACCCUGCCGAUACGCAGACUUGCUCAUUUACUUUAAAAAGCUGUAAAUUAGUACAUUUACAUACUGAUUUUUGGUUAAAUAUUUAUGACUACGUAUUCAGUGUGGAUAAAUUUAUGAUGCAAUUUUUUAUGUACGUAGUUUCUUACACAACAGAAAGACUAGCAUUGAAUUGGAUUCUUCAAGGGGGGACAGGAGUUUAUCUUCAUCAGAUCUCGGACCCUAAUUUUGACUAUCAGAUACAAUCUUUCACCUCAAAUGAUACAUUUUUAGACAUUGGACCUGCAUCCGACCCAGGUUCACUCUACUCAAAUUUGCAAUUUACUAUAUUGGCUCGAAGGAAAAUGACCUAUCAGUUGGUGCAAACUUAUUUUGCCAGCGUCUUUUUUGUACUUGUAACUUGGCUCUGUUUCCUUAUUUCACCGGAUAUGUUUGAAGUUCGGGUUGGCAUUGCAAUGAGUACUUUAUUAACUCUAACGGCUAUGUUUGCUUCAGUGAGAGACGAGACCCCCAAAGUGUCGUACGUUAAAGCAAUAGAUAUAUGGAUGGUGUCAAGCAUCAUUUUCAUUUUUACUGCACUAGGUGGGUUCACAAUCACGGCAUGGAUUAAGCGAGGUUUAGAGCGAAUGCAAGCUCCCAAAGAUGAUGACAAGCUCAGUUUAGAGAUUUUGGACUACAAGAAACGACGACCUCUCACUGACAUGCAAACCAAGAAGAUUUUGCGAAAGUAUCGCCGAGUCGCCAUCGUCAUUGAACAGUAUGGCCUGUACAUUCUCUCGUUGGCAUAUGUAAUUUUCAACAUAAUCUACUGGACCUGGUUAAUGAAGGAGUCCAAUUAUUUGCAGUGGAGCGUGAAUUCCACGUUUAACAAAAUAAAUGAAUAAUUUCACAAUGUGCAAUUCAGCAACUGUGUAAAUCGGAUAAAUCACA